UUCUCCGAGUCUUCUAGCUUCCGUGGUCCAACCUCCUUCUCCUUCUCUUUCUAUCUCUCUCGCCACUAGAUUGCCAAGAAAGAGGCAAGACAGCAGUCCAAAAAAAAAAAUGCAAAGUGCCGGCAGUGUGGAGGAACCAAGUACAGCAGUACCUUUGUUAGACGAUUCAUCUUCAACAUCAAAACACGAAGAAGAUGAUCAUCUAGAUAAGAAGCUUUCACAGAAAGUGUGGAUUGAAUCGAAGAAGCUAUGGCAUGUCGUUGGCCCCGCCAUCUUCAACCGUGUCGCAACCUACUCCAUGUUAGUCAUCACCCAAGCCUUCGCCGGCCACCUCGGUGACCUCGAGCUCGCCGCCAUGUCCGUUGCCAGUAAUAUCGUUUUGGGGUUCAACCUUGGCCUCUUGCUGGGAAUGGCAAGUGCCUUGGAAACACUAUGUGGGCAAGCUUACGGGGCCAAGCAGUACCACAUGUUGGGUGUAUACCUUCAACGUUCAUGGAUAGUUCUCUUCCUCUGCUGCAUAUUGCUUUUACCACUCUACAUAUUUGCUACUCCGAUUCUAAAGCUAUUGGGACAGCCAACGGACAUGGCGGAGCUAUCUGGGUUUGUGUCUUUAUGCUUCAUUCCUCUUCACUUCUGCUUUGCUAUUCAGUUUCCUCUGCAGAGGUUCUUGCAGAGCCAGCUGAAGACGGCGGUGAUAGCAUGGGUGUCGGUGGGGGCGCUAGUGGUGCAUGUGGUGGUGAGCUGGUUGUUCGUGUAUGGAUUUGAGCUUGGACUGGUGGGAGCUGCUCUUACUAUAACUUUCUCGUGGUGGAUAAUAGCGGUUGCAUUGUUUUGUUACACUGUGUUUGGUGGGUGUCCUCUUACUUGGGCUGGCUUCUCAAUGGAAGCAUUUUCUGGGCUAUGGGAGUUUGUUAAACUCUCUGCUUCUUCUGGAGUCAUGCUUUGGUAUCUCUCUCUCUUUCUCUCACGAGUCGUGUUUGUGAGUUGA